AUGCACUUCACCAAGACCUUCAGCGCACCCGCCCUCUUCCUCGUUUCUGCUUCUCCAGCCCAGUUCUCCGACAUUUCUACCGCGCCCGUGAACACCUUCGUCCGACUGCUACCUUUAUUCUCAUGGGCUCUGCAACCGAUAAACUUCAUCCAACCGCAUUCAGCGCCUCUAACGUCAAGUUCAUCACUCUUCUAG